AAAAUUGAUCGGGUAGAUUGUCGACUAGCUAUAUUAAUGUCUAGCUAAUGUCGAUUAUAAUCCGGGGUAUCUCGAUCGAGAGGAGAAGUAGAGACGAAGAAGAUAUAGAAGAGAGAGAGAGGGAGAGAGAGAAAGAGAGAGAGAAGAGAGAAGAGAGAAGGAGAAAAGAUAUCGGCGAAAUUGUGAGAGCUGGUUUGGUACGGUAGAGAAACACUGUUCUCUCUCUCUCUCUCUCUCUCUCUCUGUGGAUGCUCCCACUUCAGCACCACCUUCUUCAUAGGGUUCAAAAUUCAGUCGGGUUUUCCGUCUUGUCACGUGGCCCCGAGGACUCCCCACGUACCCUAUUUCUCGAAGGAUUUUGAAACGAGCUGGUGAUUGGUCGAAUCUCUUCUUGGCUGUCGAGGGUAGACACCAAACUCAUCUCUUUCUCUCUCUCUCUCUCUCUCUCCCUCUCUCUCUCUCUCUCUCUCUGUCUCUCUAUCUAUCUUGUCUAUCUCUCUAUCUCGCUCUUACUCGCCAUCAGAAUAAGCUAGAUUCUCUCUCGUAGUCGAGUGAAACGCGCCCGUAUCCGGAGUAUCAGAGGGGAUCCCGUAGGCGUGGCAGGAUUACGACGUUCCCAGCGAGAGGCGUGGCAGGAGAGUGAGCAAGAGAACGAGUAGAGUGAGCGAGCGAGCGAGCGAGAGAGAGAGAGAGAGGAGGGAGGGAGAAAGGGGGGGAGUGUAGAAAAGUAGGGGAAGGCUUUUUCGGCGGACACGCGGUCAGCCACGAUGUCACUUUGCAACGCGACGCCAAGCUAAUAGCUUCUGUUCCUUCCACCUUUCGUUUCGAGUAGGAAGGAUUUAUCCUCCGUUGUGUUUUCGGGUCAUGGUACGAGUCGUGAGAUGGAAGGACUUUGGUAGACGAUCGAAUCAGUGUAUCUUCGUCUAAACAGAUUUUUCACCUUGGCUCUAUUUGUUUUCUCAAUUUUUCUUUUUUUUUUUUCUCUCUUGGCUUUCCCUCUUCCUUUUCCUUUCUCUCUUUUCUUUUCGACGAAUUAAUUAAUAUAAAUAAACUAUCAGUGUGCGGAUUAGAAUUAUAUAGAGAUAAAUUUAGAGAGGGAUUAAAAGAGAGAGAGAAAAAUUCAAAGAGAGAGAGAGAGAGAGAGGGAGAAUGCGUUAAAAUUUGAUCAAGUAAAGAAUAUGGCAGCGAUGCAUUACAACGCUCAAGUCGUGUCUGAGGAUUUGCAUCAACAUCCUAGACAUCUUUACGGGAUACAACAGAGACUUCAAGAUACAGGAGAUCCAUCUUCUCCGAGAUCGGAAGAGGCGAGAUCACCGAUCGAAUCUAGAGUAAGAUCGCCCGAGGAGAUUCGUUUCGUUAAUACGAGAUCACCGGAUAUAGAGGAUAGAAACCAUACAGUUAGAUAUCAAGAGGAAAUAUGUGGGAAACGAUACUCCAAGGAACAUUCCAGUCAGAAUUUCUUUCAGGGAGAAGAGAGUAAUAACGUUACGCCGAGGAAGUGUUUCGGGGAUAACGAUAUGGUUAAUGUCGUUAAUGUUAACAAUCGUUGUAGAGAGUCGGGUACGUCACCCGGUAGGACUACGUCGCCUCAAGGAUAUACAUUGAACUCACCGGGACAACAAAAUAAUUCUGGUAAAACGUCAUUUUGCAUCGACGCAUUGCUAGGCCGUGCCACGGGAAAACAUAACAACGAUAACGACGAUCAAGAUCGACAGAAAUUCUUUACGAGGGUUCAUAACGUUCAGGAUUCAUUGAAUUUGAUAAAUAAUGUUCAAUCGCAGGAACGCCAGUCGCCAUGUUCGUUAAGACGUAACGAGGAUCAAAGAACCGGAUCUCUUGGUAAUCCUUUACAUCCGUUCGUUCAACAUCCGAGAUCUAUAACACCGACGGCUAUCGUCGAUUCUCACGAGGGCCAAACUACGCGGGACAAUUUUCUAACCGGUAUACACGGUGAUACGAAUGUACAGAUACCACGUGGCACGACGAUCGGUACUGUAUAUAGAAAUGAUCGUUUGGUGGAAAAUGUCGAGGAUGACGUAUCGGUAGACGUCGAUCCUAACAGGACAACGGGCAGUACAAGUCCUGGUAGCAAUGGUAGCCGUAGCCCGGCAUCAAGUCCACCGAUAUCACCUGGUUCCGAGGAAAUUACGAGUAACGGUGUCAUUGGACAUCAAGGUCUACCAACCGGACCAUAUGCCGUCGGUACAGGUACAGUGGUCAGACAGAAUCAAGGACUCUUGUUACAUCCUGGAGGACCUCUCAUUCAUCCCGGGGGAUUGUACUAUCAUCCGGCCGGUGGUAGCGCUUUUCACUCGAUACACAAGGAGGGUCAACCGGUGGGACAUCCUCAAUCGGCCGGCCCACAUCCUCAACAACAUCACAUUCAUCAACUUCAACUCGAGUGGUUAGCCAGAACUGGAAUGUUGUAUCCCAGAUUACCCGCUGACUUAGCCGGUUGUGCGGCUCAACACGCGUUACUUGGUAAAACGAGAAGACCUAGGACAGCAUUCACGUCCCAACAACUUCUCGAAUUGGAAAAGCAAUUUCGUCAGAACAAGUAUCUGAGCAGACCGAAGAGGUUCGAAGUAGCGACGUCGUUGAUGCUGACCGAAACUCAGGUGAAGAUCUGGUUCCAAAAUCGACGAAUGAAAUGGAAGAGAAGUAAGAAAGCACAACAGGAGGCACGUGCUAGUGGGAAACUCGAGGAUGCCGGUAGUGCGAAGAAUUCCGAAAGAGAUAAUACCGGAAGUGACGUAUCGGUAACAGCACCGUGCACACCGGAAGAACCCAGGGGAACUUUGCAAGAAACUCAAAGAAAUUCGACCGAACUUCAGGAACCUCUUUAUCGGCCUUACGUCGUUUAAAUAUCUUUUUCGAUUUGGAUAAAAAAAAAAAAAAAAAAAAAAAAAAGAAAAAAAACAGAAAAAAAAAGAAAAAGGACUCGAUUGUAAAAUACGUUUUAUCUAAAUUUGUAAUCAUUCUCUCUUUUCUGUAAAUUUCUUUUUAUAUCGUUUCUCUUUCAAAAUAAUAUAUAAUUUUCAGGAACUAACGAGCGAAUAAAUAUUAUCGUUCGUAAAGUAAUAUAUAUAUAUAUUCUUUUUUCUUUUCUCUUUGUAUUAAUUGUUGUGUCGCACAAGCGAAUAACAAUUUGAUUAAUGCUUUAUCUUUAAGGAGAAAAAGGAAUAGAAAAAAAGAGGUGAGGGAGGGGGGAAAUAGGAAACAAAAAAAACAAAACAAAAAAAAAAUAAAGAAAAGAAAAAAAAAGAACAAUUACGAGAGAAAGAGAAGAGCAAUUUUUUACGACGAAGUAUUAAAAUAGAGAAAACGAUUAAAAAAAGUCUCGUGUAAAUAAAUAUAAUUCUACCGAUUUAUAUAUUAUCGUCGAAUAAAAAGAGAAAGAAAAGAAGAGAAAAGAAAAGAAAAGAAAAGAAAAGAAAAGAAAAAGAGGAAAAAAAAAGAAAAGAAAUGGGAAAGAGGAAGAAAGGAAGAAGGGAAAAGAAAAAAAAGGAGUAGUAAAAUAAAGAAUAAAGUAAGAUAAAACAAAUGGUCGAUGUAAAUAUCAUGGAAAAGUAAAAAAAAAGGUGAAUGGAUGAGAAUAAAUCCGACGUGAUCUAACAUUAAAAUUGAAUCCUUAAUGGAAUAAUAAUUAAACAUUGUAAAGUGAUUAACUUCUAAUACUCUAAAAUUAAUUUUUGCGAUUUUUUCGCGAGGGUAGUGUUACGAUAAGAUACGAAAUUGAUAUAGAAAUUAAAAAUCGUAAUGAACGAUCGUUUGAGAAAAAGAAAUCGAAAUGAGGACGUUAAAUUCGCGAACGUAGGUAUCAUUAUGUAAAUAAUACAAUUGUUUUAGAGAUUAUUUAUUGUGUGUUCGUUCGGCUUGUAAGAUAGACAUUAUUUACGAAAUUGUUAAUGGAACGAAAAUUUGUCGUUGUAAGAUGUGUAAAGAAGAGAGAGAGAGAGAGAGAGAGAGAGAGAGAGAGAGAGAGAGAGAGAGAGAGAGAAAGAGAGAGAAAGGGAGAGAGAGAGGUAGAUGAUAUGUACGUAGGGCACAUAUACGAAGGAUUACAUUUAUCCGAGUAUAAACUUUAUUUCAAUAAUAUCCCCGCCACUUAUAUUAUAAAGCGAAAUAAGCAAAACCAAAAAAAAAAAAUAUAUAUAUAUAUAAUAAAAAUAAAAAUUUAAUUAAAAAACGAACGGGAAACGUGUAUUUAUGAUACAUAUACAGUGUGUGAGUGUAAAUAUUAUUCGUUUAUCGUAUAAAAUAGUGAAUACGAUGCAGAUAUCCGAUGUAAUAUCGCGUGAAGUUCCUAAAUAAAAUUAUGAAAAUUACGAGGAAAAAAAG